UUUCUUUGGUUCCUCUUUACUCUAACCUCUCUCUAGCAACUAUUUCAUCUCUCGGCCACAAGCCUCCAGGCUCGAGAUCAAAGGGAAAGUAGCUUGCUGUUUUGCACUUAUUUAGCAUGGCCAUGGCGGUGGGAAGGAUUGAGACAUGAGGCGCACCACACGAUCGAUGAGCCAUCAUAGCUAGAGAGAGAAAGAGAGAUUGAUCGAGACAUGAGAGGUACCACACGGUCGAGGCCAGCAGCAGAUCGUCGUCGCCGCCAUGGUCCCUACUAGGAACCUGUUGCACCAUGACGGCAAGAACAGCAGCAAGUCGUACUACCACCCCGGUCAGUUCUGCGUCGGCAUCGCUGCCCAAUUGGAGGCCUCAUCGGCAGCUGCGAGCCAAGAUUAUCACAAACCGUCAAGAUCCCCUUGGAUAGCCAUGGCCGGCGACGCCGACGAGUUGGCUGCCGCGGCCGGCACGAGCUCUAGGGGCGGCGCCGGAGACGAUGGGGAGUGGCUCCAGCUGGGCCUCGCAACGGUGUCGUCGUCCUCCACCUCCUCCUCCGGCGACAUCAACACUACAGCUCCGGUGCCACCUCCCAUGGAGCUGGACUUGUUCACCUACGACAAGCGGAACACGAGGAUGAGGCCGCCGUUGUUCCCACUGCCCCUUAGGAGCUACCAGUCGUACGGCAACGGCCGUUAUCGGGCAGCGGCGGCGGUGGCGGCGAGCGGGUCCAUGUCGGCGCCGUUCUUGCCUCCGUUCAGGAGCUCCGGCGAUGCCAUGAGGGUCGUUAGCCCGCCGCGACGAGCGGAGGCGGCCGGGCUGUGGCUGACACUUCAGGCGGCUACCAACCAAGCUAGAGAAUCCAUUUUGCCUCAGAUACCAAAGAGCUACUUAAGAAUCAAGGAUAGCAACAUGAAGGUGGAGGUGGUGAUGAAGUAUUUGGCCGACAAGCUAGGACUCACACGAUCUCAUCAGGUGGAGCUGACAUGUAGAGGGCAGCUUCUUCCUCCAUUCUUGCUGGUGAAAUACGUGAGAGACAGCAUCUGGUGCUCGUCGACGCUAAGGGAACAAGAGGCACUUGUCGAGCUCCCUGCUCGGCGCUCACCGGCGGCGGCAACAACUGACCAUGUCAUGACACUCUAUUACAGCACAAGUUCGAACCACUAGUACUCAAUCUGUAAUUAACUGAGACCAACAAGUUCUUUGGUUAUUUACUACUCCCCUGCUCA